AUGUAUCUUCUAUUCAUUGUGGGAUUGGUUUUAUUUGUUAACGGAACUAAUGGAUUAUUAGGUGAAGUUAAAGAAGCAUUAGACAAUGUCUUAAAUUUUGUUAAUCAAAGGUUGGAUCAAUUUGGAUUUGAUGGUUAUUUUGGAAUAGUCUUAGCUCAAACUCAAUUACAAAUGAUACUGGAACUACAACUUAAAUUAGACGACGUUAAUGAUGUAAAGUAUUUGAUACAAAAAUGUCAAAAUAUAUUAAACAAGGCCAAAUAUUUUUUACCGCUUAAUCCUCCAUAUAUGAUUGUAUUUGAAACCAAACUGUUGGAUUCCCAUAAAUGGUUUCGUACGCUGAUUAAAAAUGUUACUGUUGGUGAAAUAACCAACUUAGGACAAUAUCUGGACUGGUCUCCUGAAAGAAUUUUGAAAAAUAGGAGAGCAAUUUAUAAAGGAGUAGAAACAAACUUUUGUUUAAGAGAAAUUUUGGAACUUACAACGGGUAAUACUUGUUAUGUGAGUAGCAUAUGCAAAGAUAUGAUGAUAAACACUUCAAGAAUGGACACUGGAUAUCUAUUGACGCACAGGCUUCUAUAUAUGCAAAUAAAAAGACUGGAAGGUUGUAUAGUCCCUGAAGAUCCGGUACCAAUAAAGGAAUAUACCAGAUUAUUUUGUUCAUAUAUUCUGAAGGAGGCCAAAACCAAUGAAUAUUUUAAAUUUCCUUAUCAUGAUAUAUUUAUGGAGCAAGUUGUUCUUUGCGGAAUUGAAGGUUACUCCGAGUUUUUAAAUAGACCAUGGUUGGAAACAAUUAUAAAAUGGCAAAAUCCUCAUGGUUGCUUUGAAAGUAUUUCAAAAGAAUUUCGGAAUAUUCAAAAAAGAAGUAGUCAUAUUGUAGAUUUUGGAUGUUCAGAUCAUUCUACAGGAUUGGGAGCAGCUGUGUUAGCUUUAUUUUUAAAAUGUUUAUUUUUACAAUGAUUUUUAUGUAACGUAUAAUUAAGAUGUUAAAAUGAUUCAGUUUUAUGCAAACAUAAGUAAAUAGAGAUAUAAUUAUACUAAUACUACGUUAUCUUAUAAUGGAUAAUAUGUUAAAAACACACAUUAAAAAUAAUUGUUC